AGAGUCAGCGGCCUCCGACGCCGUUAAUAUUUGUCGGCGCACGGCUCUGUUACUAAUUCGGACAUUUUGUUUAUAAAUUUGUUGUUUAUUAAAUUUUUUCGUUUGUUUAGCGCGUUAAAACGCGUUUAUUUGUUAUUCUUUUAAAAAUCAAUAACUGUAAAAUAAAUACUUAAAAAAUAUUAAAUAAAGGCAAAAUAUGACGUCGCGAAAAAGGCAACAAAAGAUGGAGAAGGAUAAUAAGAGGACAGAUUAUGAAGUGCUAUCGCCAAAUGUUUCUUUAAAUAACGAAUCCGUCGAUGAUUUGUUGGCUAAUGUUGAUUGCUUUAUUGAAGGUGUUUAUCGUGACUUGAGCAUUAGUCCUCCUCAACGUACUUCUCUGGGUAAUACUACAACAUUUCGCACGCGUAGAUCACUUAACGACGAUUCAUCAGUUUCAUCCGGUAAUACGUCUCCAGCUGGAGCAGCUUCUAUUGCCAUUGUUGAAAAUGCGGUAGUGUCGCCGACCACACGUCGCAAUAUGGAUGCAGAGAUUGAAAGGAUUAAUCGAAUUUGUGAUAAUGUUGAUCAGAAUCUACGUUCAAUUGGUCUUUUCAUGAACAAUUCUUGUGAUAAUAGCGCUUCAGAAGAUGUUUUAAAUUCAAACUUAACAAGUACUCCCAGCUCAUCUACUUCAUCCAUGACGGCUCUAACACUCAACAGUCCACCGAUUGCAACAAGAGUACGUAAUAAUAACACGCAUAGAAGUCGUCCCCGACGACGCAGAUCGUCACCCACAGGAGCAGUAGCUGCUCAUGUUAUAGACUUGUCAGAGUCACAAACACAAACUCCAGAGAUAAAUAGACACACUAUUAGCGUUAAUAAUAAUAUUCAUGAUGACGACGACGAUGAUGUCAUUUUGGUAUCAGCAAAUAUUCAUCCUGUGGUAGAUUUAUGUACACCAGGGGGACAUACGGAACAAUCUAAUCCGAGGCCAGUAAUAAAUCAAAGACUAUUAAAUAGACGACGCUUGACUCAUCAAGAUGACGACCUUGCGGAUUCGUGUUGCCAAGGUCCCUCGACUGCAAGAAAACGGCGGACUGAAUAUUUUACACCACCAGAAUACAAGAAAACCUCAUCAGGGUCAGCAAAUGUUGAAAAUUCGCCAGCAUCUUCAGCAGGGACAACUGCUUCCGGGCAUACACCAUUUAUGUGUCCCGUUUGCAUGGAAUCUUGUUUACAACGACAACCUACCUCGACACGUUGUGGUCAUGUGUUCUGUAAGGAAUGUAUUGAACAUGCCAUACGCCUGACUCAUAAGUGUCCCAUGUGUAAUACGAAAAUUUCCAAAAGCCAAAUAUUUCGUAUUUAUCUUUAAGUUUGUUUUUAAUAAAAACUUUUUAGGUAGCAUGAAUACUCAUUCAGUGGUUUUGUUAGUCCAUUGUUUAGUUAUUAGUAAAACAUGAAUUAUUUAUCAUUAUUAUUUUUUUCCAUCCUCUUUAAUCAUUCCAUUAUUUAUUUCAUAUAUUAGCAAGUUCUGUUUUUUUUUAAUUUAAACGUUUUUUCCCCUUUAUUUUGUUUGUUAAUUGAAUAAAUUUAACUAUGUUGUAAAAGACUAUUCUAAGAACAGACCAGUUUUGUCAUGGAUUUUUACCAGACUAAAAUAGUCAAACCUUGUCCACAUAUCUAAAACAAAAUAAAUUGAACUUUAAAACGCUCGUUUCAA